UCGAGCAGCGAAAGAAGCACUUAGCCACUUGCUAACCGAGUAAUUUGCUUAAAAUUACAUGGAAUUGCAGUAUCUACGCUUGUUUUCAGUCAUAAACUUAAAAAAGUGAACUUAAUAAAAACUAUGUUGGUGUUUUACUAGAGAAUAGUAUCCUGAUUUGUAAGAUUCUGACACAAAGUUAGCGGAAGCGGCUAGCUUUUCAGAAGACGGUGUCGGAGCUCUGCCACACAGGCCUGAAGGGAAAUAAGCUGAAUUUAUCUCCAAAACAACGAAUUUACGUCGAUGUGACUUAGUAGAAAUGGCUAAAACCCAAAUGCUGAGAUCUUUAGUGAGCCAGAGGCUGACUGCGGCUGCUGAAGAGAUUUUUGAGCUUUUUGAAAGGACGAUAGCAGAAUAUGAGGAGGAACUUAGUCGAUCUAAAGAGAGCCGACACAAACGGCUGGAUGCUGUUAUCAACCCUGAAGAGGAGAUACCCAGACCAGAUGUUCAGCAGCUGAUGGGGAGAGAGGAAGAGGUUCUUCCUGAACAGCAAGAGGGGAUCAUUGGUCUGACCCAGGAGGAACCACCAGAAUCAGCACACAUUAAAGAGGAACAAGAGGAACUGUGGAGUAGUCAAGAGAGAGAGCAGCUUCACGGAGCAGAAGGGGAUGAUAUCAACAUGUUCACCUUCACUCCUGUCCUUGUGAAGAGUGAAGAAGACGACAGAGAGAAAGUUCAGUCCUUGCAUCUUCAUGAAAACCAAAGUGGAGAGGACAGAAACACAGAGCAUUUGAAAACAGAAGCUGGAGGAGUGGACUGUGGAGGAUCAGAAGCAGACAGAGACUUUAACCCAGACAGUCAUUUAGAACCAGUUACUCCUGACAAGACUUCACACCUUUCCGGGUCUGAUACUGAUGCCAGUGGUGAUUGGGAGGAGAGUGAUGACCCUCAGGAAGGGUUAAACUCUCUGCCAAACAAAAACAUAGCUGUAAGUGGUGUGAAAUCCAACACUGGAAACACAUCAGUUAGCUCCUCUGGUUGUCCUCCAAGCAUUCGACAGAGGAUGCACAAAGAGAAACCCUUCAGUUGCUCGGUUUGUGGUAAAAGAUACCCUGGUAAAAAGAAUUUAAGAAAGCACAUGCUGCGUCAUUCAGACGAGAAACCUUUCAGCUGCUCGGUUUGUAAGAAAACUUUUAUCAAGAGAACAGAGCUGGUGAUGCAUAUGAGAGGUCACACCGGGGAAAAACCAUACAGUUGUUCAGUUUGUGGAAGAAGAUUCUCAAGAAGCGGACAUCUUAAAGAACACGCCUUUGUUCACACUGGGGAGAAACCAUUCAGUUGUUCUAUAUGUGGGAAACGUUUCACACAGAGUGGAUCUUUAAAAAGACACGCUUUUGUCCACACAGAUGAGAAACCAUAUAGCUGUUCAGUUUGCGGUAAAAGAUUUACACAAAGUGGACAUCUUAAAAGCCACUCUUUGGUCCAUGUAAGUGACAGAACAUGCAACUGCUCUAUUUGUGAUAUGUUAUUCUCAUCUGGUUCAUCUAAGAUGGGAUACAAUGCACAACACAAUCGUGCUGAUUUUAGUCACCAUGCUCCUAUUCCAAAGGAAGUCAGCAAAGGCCCGAUUAUCUGAAGAUUGUCUUAUCAGAUUUUUCUGUGGUGUUAGGUGUGGUAAAAGUGAUUUUAUCCUCCCUGGUCAGCCUGGAAGAUGAUCGGAGUUCCCUCAGUUAGAAAUCCCAAUCACUGAACACUUGAUAUUUAUGGUCAGAAAUCCUGUUCUGUGGGGGGAACACUGAGAAUGACCAAGCAUUAAUCUGUUACAUUCAACAAAAUGAUAGCCAAUCAGGAAGCAGACUGACUGACAAGGAACAAGGUGACAAUAAUGAACAUUGGAAAGUUAGAAAUGGAACUGGUUAAUUUGUGGCAACAAAGUGUGUUUAAACAACAUGUCAUGUGAAAUGUACCACAAUCCAACUGAGAAAGAGAGGAGAUGGACUGAAAUUGCUUCUGAAAUAGUUGUAUCAGGUACCAAAAGCCAGCCACAUUUAGAUUGUUACUUAAAAGUCAUGUUUGACCUUCAAGAUUUCACGUUUUGCGACUCUAGAUGUUGGGGAAUGAAUGUUAGUGGGUGCUGCGCCAUGACGGUCAUGUCUUGUUUGAACACAUGCUAUAAAUGGGUAAGUCUCAUUAUCUGUAGUCAUGUGCGGAGUCUCUCACUCUUUCAUAAUCAGUUUUAGAAAUCUUGAAGCGUGUGCCAGGCUCAACGAAAACUUGGUUAUCCACACAGGGAAGAAACUGUUUAGUUUCAGUGUUCGUGAUGAAAGAUUAACUUGGAUGGUGAAAGUAGUGGAUCCUAAUGUCCCUUUUACAAUACACUGUGAAAGUCUAACAUUUGCUGUUUUGAAAUGUAAUCUGAUAACUAAAUGACUUCAUUUUUUUCAUAAGAAAAUAAUAUUUUUAAGUUAAUGGGAUGGGUGUUUAUCUAAGCUCUUCUUACGUGUUCAACAAUGUUAUUUAUAAACUAUUGAUUGAUUAACAAAGUUACUGAAAAAUGGAUCUGGAUGCUAUAUGUUUGUAGAGUUGUUGAUUUCCUUAAUUGUUCCACAAUUUCCUAUCUUUAAUUUUGUUAUAGGAAUAAACCUCUUAUUGAUUAACAAAUCUCUCUCCCUUUUGACUUCAAUCAUUUGUAAAUCAGUCUCUCAACUCUGUAAAAUGUAAUGUUGUGUCCCUCUCA